CGAGGAUGCCAGCAGCGGUGCUGACGCCGCUGCCGACGUCGCUGGCUGCGCUAUUCAGCGCACCGAACGGCGCGGCGACAGGCGAACCGCGUUUGGCCAAAAACAAAAUACGAAAAAAAAAAACGCAGAGCGAAAAGGCAGCAAAAAAUAAAAACAAAAAUGAAAAAACGGUUUUAGUGCGCUGUUGUCGUUGCGGUUGGCGCGUUGCGUUAAACAACUUCCAAAAAUUUUUCGGUUUUUUUCUUCGUUUCAUUUGAUUUGGAUUUUAGUUGUGUUUUCGUUUAAGUGCUGGACAAUUGGCUGAAGGAGCAGCCUGUCUCGGUGUGGGUGGCUGUCCCUAUGUGUGUGCCAGUGCGCGCUUCUGUGUGUGUGUCUGUGUGUGUGUGGGUGUGUGUGAAGCGGCAAAUGAACGUCAGCAAAAUAUGACCUAAUUCUUGUGCAGCCUUUUAUUUUAGUCAGGACAACAACCCAAAACUAACCAAUAAAAACUUAAAGAAAAGUGACAAAAAGGAAGAGGAAGAGGCAACAGCAACAGCAACAGCAAAAUCAACAGUAGCAAAGCAGCGUCCAGCCGUUGCGCGCAAAAAGAGACGUCAAGCAAAAUUAACUGUAUUAGAAGUUAUUUAUAGACUAACGGCGCGCGUUUGACUGGCUUCUGUAUUUAAUUAGCCUUCCGCGAUUGCGACAGAGGCACAGCGCCACCCCCACCACCAAGCGCCUGCCCGCCCGCUUCGGCCAGCCGUUGCACAACCGUUGCGUGCCAUGGAACAGCUGUGCUACAUCGCGCUCAGCUGCCUGCUGGCCAUCGUCUUGCUCUACGGCCUGCUGGAGCUGCACUACUUCCUGCGCAUGUGCCUCUGUGUGCUGCUGGCGCGGUUUAUCAAGCGCCGCUGCCACAUCCUGGAGACGACCACCGUGAAUGGCCUCUGCUUGAGCAACGAUGUGGACACGCUGCUUUACCACAUGAAUAACGCGCGGUAUUUUCGGGAAUUGGAUUUCGCACGCGUCGAUUUCUAUGAGCGCACGCAGCUCUAUAGCACGAUCCGGCGCUUGGGCGGAUCGGUGUUUCAGGGCGCGGCGACCAUACGCUACCGUCGCUUCAUACGACCCUUUCAGCGCUUCACCAUCGAGUCCAGGAUCAUCUACUGGGACGAGCAGUCGCUGUUCAUGGAGCAUCGCUUCUUGCGUCCCUCCGAUCAGUUUGUCCACUGCAUCGCCAUCUGCCGGCAGCGGGUGAUCAAUGUGCCCAUGGACACGGUGAUGGCCGAGCUGCUGGCCAAGACGCCGCUGCAGGCGUCGCGGCACACGCUCAGCUCCACCGCCAGCCUGCAGCCGGUGGGCAUGGGCAGUGCCACGCCCAUGCCGCAAGUGGCCCUGGAGGCGGGCCAGGCGGAGAACGGGCAUGUGGCAGCAGCGCCGGCCGCUGCGACUGCGACUACGGCGUACAGCAUCAAGAUGAAGCCGCCCCUGCCGCCGGAGCUGUGCAAGUGGAUCGAGUACAAUGAGAUGUCCAGCAAGAAUUUACGCAGCGGCUGCUGACCAUAGAGAGGGGCAGAGCCAAAAGAAGGAGAGCACCAGGGGCAGCAGGAGCAGCAGGAGGCACCAUCCACUUAAUUGAAAUGGAUAUAGAUGAACUAGAACUACUCUACGUUCCGCCUAAAAAAAUUGUCAUAUUUUUUUUUUGUGUAAUUUUUUUUUUUUAUAGUUUUUCUAUGUGCGUGUGCGUGUGCGUCUGCGUGUGUGUGAGCUGUGUGUGAAAUUGUGAACUGUAUGUUGUGAAUGUUGACUUUUAGCUCUAAGUCGAACUCUGUGUCUGUGUCUGUGGCGAUGCUCGUGCUCGUGCUCGUGCUCGUGCUCGUGCUCGAACUCCAGCUGGUGGCUCCAACUGCUUGGCCUAGCCACAGCAGCAGCAGCAGCAGCAGCAGCAGCAUCGAGUCGUCGAGCACCCACAGCUAAUAACCCACAAUUAACUGUUAAUAUAGGGGGGUUAAUAUAAAUGCUACAUAGAUACAAGCUAA